AUGGCGUCGGCCCUUAUCGGGAGCGUCGAGCUGAAGAGCACCCCUCUGGAGCCGGGUCAAGUGGCGCUAACCACUUACACUGGAGAUGCACUGCCGGUGCGCGGUCAGCUGACUGCACACGUCUCGUGCGGCGGCCAGCAGACCACACUGACUCUGCUCGUGGUUCGGGGUGACGGCCCGUCACUUCUCGGCCGGGACUGGCUGGCCAAGCUGCGGCUACCGUGGAACGACAUAUUCAGUAUCGCAGCACCCCUGUGGGAUCUGCAGCAGCAGUACAGGGCGCUGUUCCAGGACGACGGUGGCACCUGCAAGCAGACUGUGAGUUUGGAUAUCGAUCCGUCGGUCUCGCCCAAGUUUUACAAGCCUCGGCCAGUCCCUCUUGCGCUGCAACCGCUGGUGAAUGCGGAGCUGGACAAACAGAUCGAACGGGGAAUUCUACGACCCGUUAAGACAGCGGAGUGGGCAGCGCCGGUCGUCACAGUGCUAAAGAAUGACAAGAGUUCGGUGCGUAUGUGCGGUAGCUAUGAUCUUACCGUUAACAAAGCCUCACGGGUGGAGCAGUAUCCGCUCCCUCGAAUCGACGAGCUGCUUACAAAGUUGGCCGGAGGCCAAAAGUUCACGCGCCUGGAUCUCAAGGAAGCGUACCUGCUGGUGCCCCUGGAUGAACAAAGUCAGCGCUACACCGUUAUCAACACUCACCGAGGCCUGAUGGCAGCCACACGCCUGGUCUAUGGAAUAGCAUCAGCUCCAGCGGCGUUCCAGCGCAUGAUGGAGCAGCUGCUGGCCGGCUUGCCGCACGUGGCCGUGUUCCUCGAUGAUGUGUGCAUCACGGGCCGCAACGAUACGGAGCACCGGCGCAAUGUGGACGCGGUGCUGCGGCGUCUGCUAGACGCUGGUCUACGGCUCAACCCGAGCAAGUGUCAGUGGAUGGCCAAGGAAGUUGAGUACCUGGGGUACCGGGUGGAUUGUAACGGCAUCCACCCCACAGCAGCCAAAGUGACGGCGAUCGUGGAGGCACCGCGACCGGCGAACGUAAAACAGCUGAAGGCGUAUCUCGGCCUGCUCAUGUAUUAUUCAAAGUUCAUGAACAAUCUGGCCUCCGUGGCGGCGCCGCUCUACCGCCUCCUGAAGACGGGUCAGCCGUGGCGCUGGGGUCGGGCGGAGGACACGGCGUUCGCUCGCACCAAACAGCUGCUGGUGCAAGCGCCCUGCCUCGCUCACUAUGACGGGACCCUGCCGCUCGUGCUGUCGGUGGAUGCCAGCCCCUACGGGCUCGGGGCAGUGCUGUCCGAAGUGGACUGUUCCGGAAUGGAACGGCCAGUGGCGUAUGCAUCGCGGAGCCUGGCAGCAGCAGAAACCAACUACAGUCAACUGGACAAAGAAGGACUGGCGGUGGUCUUUGGAGUAAAAAAGUUUCACCAGUUCUUGUGCGGUCGGCACUUCACUGUGCAGACGGACCACAAACCUCUCCUGGGUCUGCUAAGCAGCGACAAGCCUCUGCCGCUGAUGGUAUCGCCCAGGGUGGCCAGGUGGCGACUCGCGCUGCAAGCGUACCAGUACAAGCUGGUGUACGCCCCCUCGGCACGGCAGGCUCACAGCGACGGACUGAGCCGCCUGCCCCUGGCAGUGUGCCCUGCUAGUGUUCUAGACCCCGGGGACAUUGUCUGUCUUCUUGAGUCGGUGGACCAGAUGAUCCGCAUCGAGCAGAUCCGUCGACGCACGAACUGUGACCCCGUUUUGUCGCGCGCAUAUCAGGCGGUGAUGAACGGUCGUUGGACGGAGCCAGUGGAUGAGGAACUUCAACCGUUCUAUCGGCGUCGCCUCGAACUCAGUGCUCAAAAUGGAGUGGUCCUGUGGGGUAAUAGAAUCGUGUUGCCCACGGCCCUUCGGAAGCAGUGGCUCUCGCUUCUGCACGAAGGCCACCCUGGAGUGGUGGCCAUGAAAGCAAAGGCUCGCGCCCACGCUUGGUGGCCGGGCAUGGACGCAGCUAUCGAGUCGACGGUCGAGAGCUGUCAGGCCUGUCAGCUAAGCCGGCCGCGGGCACCUCCGGUGUCUGAGAGUCCGUGGCCGUACCCGGAUGCGCCCUGGGACCGCCUGCACAUGGACUAUGCGGGGCCAGUCCAUGGGAUGAUGAUCCUGGUCAUCGUGGACGCUCACUCGAAGUGGAUCUCAGCGUACCUGACACCGUCGGCUACAGCAGAAGCGACCAUUGAGCGGUUGCGGAUGGCGUUUGCGGAGCACGGUGUCCCUCGCGUGGUGUCAGUGUGA